UAUUCCCCCCCCGCCCCCUCCCCCAUCCAGCUGGGGGUAACAAACACCCUUCGGUCUCCUCCCUGCCGCCUCUCCUCCGGGCCACGGCUCCAGACGUGAAGCCUCGGGGCCUGGAGCUCCGGCCAGACCAGGGACCACGCUGAAGCAUGACCCCGACCAGGAGCCACCCCAGCUGGGCAUGAGUCCUGCUGCCCUGGACCCUCAGCUCCGGACCUCCAGCCCUCCAACCCUCAGCCAAAUAGAGAGAGACGGAGAGUCAAGCCUCAAACACACACAUCUCACCCACACACACACACAAUUACACACACAUCCCAGCCUUACACAGCCACACAAACACACCAGCAUUAGCCUCCCCACAGGCCCCCAGCCCUGUCCUCCUCUACCAUCCACACAGCCACAUAAACACACCAGCCUCCACUCAGCCCUCCAGCCCGGUCCUCCUCUACCAUCCACACAGCCACAUAAACACACCAGCCUCCCCACAGCCCCCCAGCCCUGUCCUCCUCUACCAUCCACACAGCCACAUAAACACACCAGCCUCCACUCAGCCCUCCAGCCCGGUCCUCCUCUACCAUCCACACAGCCACAUAAACACACCAGCCUCCCCACAGGCCCCCAGCCCUGUCCUCCCCCCACACAGCCACAAGAACAACAGUCCGAGGAGGAAGAGGAGGAGGCAGGAGCGGUCAAGAUGGAGGUGUUGACCUACGGCUGCCGAGGAGCCUAUCAGCUUCCACCGUCCGUCCCGAAGGUGGAGACUAAACCAGAGGUCACAGAGAAGUCGAGCCCCGCCCAUUACCCAUCAUGCACCACGGCAAGCUCCGAGCGACCGGCCUUUAGACCCGGCCCCGAACCACAGGCAUCCUCUCCUCCCCCUCUCUCUCCCUCGCCUCUAAACAUCGUCCCUGAUGACCCCAUGGCUGGUAUGAUGACGCUAUUGGCUGCCAGUCAGAUGACCCAGGCUGUCCCCCCUGCCCUACCCACCCUUCCCCAGACAGAGGCCUCCUCGCUGGGGAGAGACGUGGCCAGUCCUGGGUGUCUGGAGGUCUGGGCUCUGGAGGGGAUGACUCUACUCAGCGACAUGGCCUCACUAGAGAUGGAUAGGAUACAGCUGGAGCAGGGUGAGGUGUUGUGUGGUCUUGACAGCCUGUUAGAGGCAGGUAGAAAGGUGUUGCUGGAGGCCAUUGAGAGCCAGUCUCACAUCGACCUCCCCAGACAACUACACCCCAGCAAGACCUACAGCUGGAGGAUGAGGACAGACCCACAGGAGCUCUUCAGUAAGCUCU